GAAACAAUUAUCUUCCAGUAUCUCUUUGCAAUAUUUAACUCUUUACAGGGUUUCUUUAUAUUUCUAUUCCACUGUCUAGUCAGUCCACAAGUGCGUGAUGCCAUCAGAGGGAGAUGGACCCGCUACCAGAGCCGUCGUGCCACACAGUCAUCCUUGAUAAAAUCUACGAAGUCUCAAAGUAGUAGCUCAGAAAACAGGGGACAUAGCAUAAGUGAAAUCAACACAAGAUUCAAAAACAGCACUAUGGAUGACAGCAGCUAUACCAAUAAUAACGCAGAGGCCCAAGCUAAAGCCCUGGAGGAUAAACUUAAUGAGGGACCUGGCUCUGUUCCUAAUGGCAACAGGCCUGAACCAGAG